UUAAUUUAUUUAGAAAUGGACCAACAAGCCAACCCAGGCCACAGAGCUGGGAAAUACAGAGACUAUGAAACUUAUGUACACAAUAAAGAAGUUAAAGCCAGAGGGACGUUUAAUUAUAGACUUUAUAAAAAGUAUGCGCUUGUACCUGAUUAUCCAGGCUUUAGUAGCACCAAUCCCCUUUAGAUUUAGUUUUAUCGAUGAUCGACGAUGAACUUUGGUAGAUGCAUCUGCAAAAGAAGCAUUCCUCAAAGAAUGUAUUAUCUUUAAUAAUUCUAUCGGAGAGAAGAAUCGCUAUCCUGUAAAGAUCGAUGUCAGAGCAAAAAUAAGAUCAAAGUAUUUCUUUAAAAUGGUUGAGUUCUUUACAACUAAUAGAAAAACAUUUGAAAUAAGUCGAGGAGAAUUUGGAGAGUCAUUCCGACCAAACUGUGUAAUGAAAAGUAUAAUUAAAAACAUUCAUACCCUCAAGGAGCUUGAAAUAAGAUCAAGAGCUAUGACUUCCAAACACUUUGUUUCCAUUCUCAGAGGAGGAGUUUCUCUCUUAACCCUUCAAAUUAAAGAAACUAUUAUCAUAGGGCCUAAACUCACAUUUACAGCUAAUGGAACAUCAAAAUUGGUAAAGAUCACUAUAAGCUGGCCUCAGAAUGCAAUUAUUCCUAUCCACAUAAAGUCCAACCCCCAUUACUUCAGAAACAUCUUUGAGAACAUCAGACAAUGCCCUUGCGCACAUACCCUCCAAGCGGUCAUCAUCAAAAACUCCCAAGUCAUCUCCCCAGAAAUUAUUGAAAAAGACUACAGAGACAUUAAGGUUAAAUUCUGUACUUAA